AAGGAUGUUCAAUUAGAUGAUGGUGGAAGAAUGAUUGAGAAAUUUUCAAUUACGACAUCUAUUCGGGAUAUAAUACUUCAUUUUGAGAAAGCGUCUGUUGGUGGGGGAAUUCAAAUUUUUACAAAUGGUCUAAUUCAGGUCUUUAAACCUUACGAGACGAACAGCACCUGCGCCCCCAAAAAAAGUAUUCCCGUUGAAAAAAUUUGUAAAUCGAGAUUUUAUCAGCAACCCUAUUGGAUCGUAUCGUUACUGAAAUCCACAACUCUGCAAUCUGCUGGAAUCACAUCAGGAAAUACUGUAUUACGGCUUCUAUUUAGACAACCUGAAUUGACUUUGGAUGAG